UAAAUAAUAAAAAGUUAGUUACUAUGCAAGGACAAUUACGCAUAUAACAAAACAAAUGAGCUAUCUAUAUUUCUAUGGGGUCAGGUGACAUUCAAAUGCCUGACACGCCCUUUUCUGGCUUGUAAUAAAUUAGUGGCAUGACAGUUAGUCUCCAUAAAAUCAUCAACAAGCCUCAACUUGAACUGAAGUUGUGGUUACGUGAUUGACACAUUAAAAUAACUCUUUAUAAGGCUCCCCAAACAGGCUGCUAUAAAACUGUCCUUAACCUUCUGCACAGAAAGGCACUCCUUUACUGUAGUGAACUUUAGAUAUGUUGCAAUGAACUGAAAUGGUAAUUUUAUUUCUAUUUUAGAUUUGAGUUUUGCUUGUAGGUCAUGUCCACAGAUAGAUAGAUGGAUAGAUGUUUUUCCGUCACAUCCGUGUGCUUGCAAAUUAUAAUCAGGAGCCACAGUUCCACUCUCUUAAGGCAAACUGAUGUCUUAAAGUAGCAGACUCCAGUUGUUGUUGUUCAUCAUCCCUGCUCCAUAAAAACUACAGUAACCAGUUUACCCCGCAAAGUUCGUGCGAAUCAGUCAUCCGCAUUUUUUCUGGAUGAUGUGCGCAGGAAAAAUAGGGCGUUGUGGAGACUCCCUCAUUCAUUCGCAGAGAAAAGUCUCUUUCUAAGGACGUAACGGGUUAGAUCUUUACGAGACGUUAAAGAAAAGGGAAAAAAAUAGGAAAAGGGCGUUUCGGUUUGAUCCGAGUCACAGAGCAGGGGAGCGUCAACGUGCGCGUAGAUUGGGCUCUGCGUAAAGACCCGCAGACCCUUCUGGAGACACGCUGAAAUUUACAUUGGCAGGAUAAGUUUAGAGGUUCUCCACGCUUUGGAGACGUCCACAAUUUGGACUCGCAACUGCUCAGGAGUUUAAUUGACCUCCUUCUUUUGCGCACAGAGAGGAAAAAGCAACAUUUGCGCAUCCUAGACAUUUUUCUUUUCAGUUGCAGCUCGUGUUUGAGGAAGACAUGGCUAAGUUAUUCAGAGCAGCUAUCAUGGGUCCUCCAGGAUCGGGGAAAGGAACGAUAUCCCAGAGGAUUGCGCAAAGCUUUGGCCUGGUAUAUCUGUCCAGUGGCCACUUCUUACGAGAGAGCAUAGCGGCAAACACAGAGGCAGGUUUAAUGGUGAAGACCUACGUAGACAGAAGCAUGCUCGUGCCUGACGACGUGAUGACCAGACUGAUGCUGCCCAGGCUGCAACAGAUGAUCGCCCACAGCUGGCUGCUGGACGGUUUCCCCCGGACUCUGUCACAGGCCCAAGCCCUGAACAACAUUUGUCAGAUGGACCUGGUCAUCAGCCUCAACAUCCCCUACGAGACUCUGAGGGAGAGACUGAGCGACCGCUGGAUCCACCCAACCAGUGGGCGAGUCUACAACAUGGGCUUCAACCCACCUCGAGUGAAGGGUAAGGAUGACAUCACCGGGGAGCCACUGAUUCAGCACGACGAUGACAAACCAGAAGCCCUGAUGGCCAGACUGAGACACUACAAAGAUGUGGCCAAGCCUGUCAUAGACUUAUACAAGUCACAGGGAAUCCUGCACUCGUUUUCCGGUACAGAGACGGACCGGAUUUGGCCUUAUAUCAACUCCCUCCUCAUCACCAAAAUGGACACACAGCCAUCAGAUGCCUUCCAAACCCAGACACCCUGACACUACUAUGAAUGAAGGGGCCACAGGAAAACAUCACAAAGCAGCCAGAGGAAGUGGGGUGAUGUUUGCACAUGCUGGCCUCAGCUUUUAGUUUCCUUAAUAGUAAGGGUUAGAGAGACAAAUACGGACACCGAUCAAACUGUAGUCAUCCAAGAUGUUUCAAUCACCGGUUGGUUUUUUAAAGGAAAAGUUGUAUGCUGCAAAUAUUUCUAGAGCUUUAUUGAUUGUUUUGAUUUCUGCAUUAUCAUAGUGAGAGGUUCAGAUCCUUUGGGGCAAUAUCAAAACGGACCAUUUUUGUAAAUCAUAACUUUAUGCAAGCACUCACCAACAAGCAGUUUUUUGCACUUUUGUCUUUUAUUAUCUGCAAUUAUUCAAAUCCUAGCACAUUGAAUCUAAACCAUAGCACAUUCAGGGAAUCAAAUUUAAGGUUCAAAACAAAAGAAAAACUAAAUAGUGGAGGAAGAAUUCCCUUUAUUGUAGAUCUCCAGUAGCAAUAUUUUAUAGGGUAGGGUAGAAUAUUAAACCACAAAUCAAAAUAUUAAGUGUCUCACACCAACAUUACCCCAGAUAAUAAAUGAAAGAAAACAUAAGACAUAGCACUUAGUCUGUUAUCUUUACACAUUUGAUUCAUUACACUUUACAUUACAUUUUUAUCAUGCUGUUGCCUCCAUGAGUAUACUCCAUAUAAUACUGGAGUAAAACCCUUCAAUUACCCUUCACUGAGGAGUUGUUCACUGAGCACAAUCAUUUUUAUUAAAGGACCUCUAUAUGAUAUUCAGAUUCUUUAUAUCGCAGCAAACAACUAUUUGCUUUGUAAAGAUAUAAUGGAGUAAUGGCGUCCCGAGCAGAAAAUGAAGUCACGCUACCUCUGUGUGGAGUGUAAUCUGAGCUUCUCUGUUCUUUGUUGUCAUAGCCAGUCUGACUGCACAUGCAUGUUAGCGUGGGUGUUAGUCCCUGUGUGUGUGUAUCCCACUGGCUAGCUUAUCACUGCCGCUCUGCAAUGCGCUCAUACAGUGGUUACUGUUGAUAUUAGCGCAAGCAUGGCCCCACCGUCCAGUCCCCGCGGUUCAGCAUCAUUGCCUUUGUUAGCACUCUUAGCGCUGUUAGCACUGUAAGCUGCUAGCGGCCAGCUCAGCCACCUCCAUGUUGAGAGCCGUGUGUAGACAAUCUCUGAGUCAUAGAUACACUCUGAAUGUCAUAUAGAGCUUCUUUAAAUUCUCACAACAGUCUUAACCGUCAGAUUGAAUGAGAACAAUACUGACAUCAUGUAUUGUGUCACAUUUAAAGCCAAAACCAAUCUUUGAAAGGCAUUAUUAGGUCUUUUUUUCUCUAAUAAGUUGUGCAAACCUGAAUGUUGUUUAAUAUGCUGUGUAUAAUGCCUACAAGUCAGCUGUUACAUAUGCAGUGAUCCUGCAGAGUCAGUUUUUAUUUGUUUGGCUUGAUCAGCUCAGAAUAUAUCCAUCAGUUACAUAAACAACGUGCGCUAUGUAAACUGCUAUUCUUUUCUUUUUGUAUUGAAAUUCUGCAGAAUAUUAUGCAAUCUGCAACUGAUAACAUGCAGGACAAUCUACUGGGCUGAUGCUGGACAAGAUUGAAAAGGCCCUCGCAGUCACUCUACAGCACACUCUGUGACUGGGAUGAAGACCUGUGCACAGACGAGAGUGUCUUCAAUGCUGUUACAUUCCUAUAGAUAUAAAAGGUUGCCUUGGAGAUUUCGAAAAUGUCACAGAUGAUUGUUUGUAAAAUGCGAUGGUUUGCAGGGUUUGCUCAACUUUAAGAUACAGCUGGGUGUAGCUUUAUGAGUAAUGCAUCACUUUUGUGAUUCAGAAGCAUGGUGGGGGGCGCAUAUGUAAAGGUCUAAUCUUUCAAACUGUUUGUAUAAAUCGCUUUUGCAGUGUGAACAACUUUGUGAGUUUUUUUAAAAUAGUUUUUUGUAAGUGAUUGGUAAAAGUUUGCAAUCAUUUCUCACCCUACAGAAAAGCUUGUUGUCCAUCAUCUGAAGUUAAAACAUAGGUCACAUUUUCACCCAAUGGCACAGCAGUUAGCUCUUUACAAUAACUUAAGCACACUAGUGACUAGACUAAUCUGUGCAAUAAACACCAACAUGUACAGCUCUGUUAAAUGCUUCACUUUAUAGUAAAAUGUUACUACUUUAUUUUUUUUUUGUGAAGCCUCAAAAUGGCAACAUGCACUAAUUCAGGAAUUAGCCAUAAGUGACCCAUCACAUGCAUUAUUUUAAGACUUUCUUUCAUGAGGUCAAGACUGCAUUGUAUCAAUGUUUUUUUGUGGCGUUUCUUUCCUCAUCUAUGGUCUAAAGAUAGAAGGUGUUGUAUGUUGUACAGAUUGAAGGCCGCUGAGACAGUAAAAGACCAAAGAUGCAAAAAAAGAAGAACUCUAACACUUCUAUUUGAUAAUGUUUUUGCUUGAGUAACAAGAGGGUAAGAUGUCUGACGAAGCAGGGAUGGGAUGAAUCUGUGGGAAGAGUUAGAGCAUGUGGUUUACACCUUGGUUUUAUGUCGGGGAGCACAAUAUGCAAGUCUGUGUUGAAUGAAAGGGUGUGGUGUCAAACUGUUAUGUUGUAUGUGACCACACCCCACUGCUGUUGUGUAACACCAGGAUUUUUUUUUCUUCACUAUUUUCAAAACUGUGCUGUCCAAACAUGUUGCAUUCCAAACACAAUAAAACUAUUUUCUCAAGGCUG